UCCAUUUCAAGGCACCUUGUAGUGGGUCUAAUUACAUCAUAUUUGUGCGACUGACAAGUUCACGUCACCUCAAACAGACACGUUCAUGUGUUUGUGUUGUCAAGUCUGUCACACUUGUACCGGUGGUUUUUUUUCUAUGUGCUUUUAAAUCAAAGUAAUUGUAGACACUUUAUUUAAAAUUAAAAAAAAAGCCUUGCCGAUUUAAAAACAUGUCAAUCUCCCUUGGACUUUCUGCCUUUACUCAACAGACCUGGGACAAAGUGCGGUCAAAGGUAAAGAAAGCAGUUGUUUUCAUGGACGAUAGAUGUGCUGAAAGUUUGCAUUGGAAUGGGGGAGCACAGACGCUGUUUGAAGCCGGGGCUCAGAAUGUAAAACCGUUUUCCAGUUUCGAAGCCGGGGGUGCAAAACAACCAAAAGCUGUUUUUGUUGUAAGCACUCUAUUAAAAGGCAGAACGGCAGACGUAGUUAAAGACAUCAUCGGCCUCAGCUCUUUCCAGUAUUGCGUUGUGUUCACUACUGUUGCUCACUCCAUUCAUCUUUUAGCUAAUAAUGCCAGCCCCGAAAUGGAAAGUGAUCGCGUUUUUAAGCAGUUUGAGGAAAAGCUUUGUGAAUGGAUGGGCGACAUGAAUUACACCGCCGAAGUGAUGCAUGUCCCCUUGUUUUUGGCUCCUGUAUCGCCUCAUCUGCUUAUUGCUCCUGCCUUUGGAAGUGUGUUUCCCCUGGUAUCUCAGGAUCUGGAUCAGAUAAACACCAGUCGUCCAGACAAAAAGAAAUUCGGAAGCCUUGCCGACGUGGAUCUGCAUUCUCUGCCACCUGAGCUGCAGAUAGAGAUCAAAUCCCUUGUUUCUGGAUUGAACUCAAUGUUCGAUUUUGUAAACGUGAGAGAAGAGUGUUUUGCAGUGGGACCCACAAGUCGAAUCAUUGCAGGGGAACUGGCAAACCACCCUCAAGCGAAGAACAGAAGAAAGACAGCGCAACACAAAGCUUCAGUAGUGUUCAUUGACAGAACACUUGAUUUGACAGGAGCUGUUGGUCAUCAUGGUGACAAUCUGGUAGAGAAGAUUCUGUCGGCUCUGCCUGAACUGUCGGGACACAACAAUGAUGUGAUGGUGGAUAUGUUGGAACUCACUUCCCUUCAUAAGAAUGAAGAAUCACACAAAAUUAUUGCACCAGGCCAUUUAUCACAGCCAAAUGACCCUGCGGCUCAAGCCCUGUGGGAGUCCAUGCUGAACAUGAAGCAGAAGGAGGCUGUGAUGGAGGUCCGGAGACACCUGGUGGAGGCUGCCAGCAAAGAAAAUCUGCCUAUUAAGAUGAGCCUUGGUAGAGUCACACCUGAGCAGCUCAGUUCCUACAUCCAUCUGUUUAAGAACAACUUCAAAGCCAUGCAGAACCACUGCGGGACCAUGCAGCUCUCCCUGGCAACUGUGCAGACACUGAGAAGCCCCCAGUUCACCAAGUGGGACAGUUUCUUGGCUUUUGAGCGCCUGCUAUUACAGGCUCUUGGGGAUUCUGACAUGCCUGGAGUUUUAAAACAGAUUUUACCAAUGAUCAAAUCCAAGAGAGAAAGGACAGAUGAUGACCACAGCCCAGAGGACCUGCUUGUGCUGCUGGUGUAUGUCUACUCUUUGCCUGGGGAAGUUGUGCUGAGCAAGCAGCUUGAAGAGGCAGAACUAGAGGUGAAGAAGGCUUUGGUGCAGGUGGUCUGUAAUGAGCCAGAAUUGUCUUCACUCUUACAAAAAAUAACAGGAUGUUUGUCCUCUAGUGAGCUGACGCUUGACAAGGCGCACAUUGCUGUGGAUAAGAUGUUUGAAAUCCUGAGGGGGAUAAUGAAAUCCAGAGCACACAUGAAGCAGUUCAGAGCUGUGUACAGUCCAGGGGACAGUGUGCAUCAGGGAACGUAUAGGCCAUUGCUGAAGCAGGUUGUGGAGGAGAUAUUUCACCCCGAUCGGCCUGACCCUGUGGAUAUAGAGCACAUGUCUGCAGGCCUGACGGAUUUACUGAAAACCGGAUUCAGCAUGUUCAUGAAGGUGAGCCGUCCCCACCCAAGUGACCACCCCCUUCUCAUCCUGUUUGUGGUGGGGGGAGUUACACCUUCAGAAGUUCGUUUGAUUAAAGAUGUUGUGUCAUCACACAAGUCUGCCGUUCAGGCAAUCAUGUUGUCCUCUAGACUGUUGAAACCGCUCGACAUUCCUGAGCUGCUGUUUGCCACUGACCGUCUUCAUCCAGAUAUUGGCAUGUGAACAGAGAGAAUGGAUGGGUGACAUUGCCAGCAUUUCCCCCAUCACAGCCCAUUUGAAAUGUGAGCAAAGAAAUGGAGUGAGAGGCUUGAAAAAUCACCUCGGUACAGCAGGAGCUUGUCGAGAUUUAAAAAAAAGAAAUGUUUAUAUGACAGCAGAGGAAUCAAUCUGUCAAUCAGGGCAUUGAUGGCUGUUGAUGUAGAUACAUGACUAUACACAGCUUAAAAUUCCUCCUGCCAAAAAAAAAAAACUUGUGAGUAAAUUAUUGUUGUUUUGCUGCUUAUGCAAUUCUUGGACCAAACCUGGUCUUCUAAGCUUUCUAUUUUGUUGUUGUUUUACUGAAGCUUUGUAUUUGGCUGCCCCUUAUGCCACACAUUUUCUCAAGCAGUUGGGAAAUUCAGUUUUUCCCCACACACAGCCUUUUAGUCCUGGGCCUCUCUCAAGCAAAUCCAAUUUUACUGAGCUGUGAGGUGUUUUUUCACCUCCUUUUAGCCAGUGGUAAAAUAUGUAAGUCUUGAGAAUUUCCAACUAUUUCCUUGAAUGUUUAUGGUUUUAGUAUUCAGUAUAUAGUUGUCAUAGACUCUUUUGUUUUUAUUGUUAUUAUUUGAAUGAUUUACAACACAACCUGAAAAAACUAUUCAUAUUGUAUUUGGAAUACAAAGUCAAACGUUUAAGAGCUUCCUGCUGAUGUUCGUUCUGGAUGACCACUUAAAGCCAAGAAGACUGAAUACAAUUCAACUUGAUUUGGGUGACUUGCAAGCCAUUCCGCUCUAUACAAUGUUUACCUUAAAGAUAAGACCCUGCUCUGUGUAAAAAGUUUGUAACUACAUCAUUAACUCCCCCUUUGAACCGCCUUAAAAAUAACAUGUUAUUCUCAAAAUAACAACUGCUUAUAUUUGAGUAAGAGCAAGCGACUGCCAUUUUGUGGAUUUCUUUAUGUGCUGGCAAGCUGUAGUUUGGGAAAUAAUCUGUAGAAAGUGGCAAAAGUAACAUAUCGUGGGUUGCAGCAUGUUCAAUUGCACAGUCAAUGGGGUAUACCUUUACCUGCACUACAUAUAAAUAAGUCCAAGAGUAAAUGUAUACAUGGAUGCCCCUUGAGAAAAAUAUUACUGUUUCUCUGAAAUUAAGAGAAACCUAGUCUGUAUAUCAGGGUUUCUAAAAAAGUGACAUAACACUUUACAUUAUUAUUCCAAAGAACAUAAAAUUAUAAAUGUUGUCUCCCUGAGAGGUAUUUUUUUCUGUUUGAAUUAAGGCAUCAGAAUUAAAGUACUAAUAGCUUGUUCAACACAAUAAAUGUGGUACUAUGCAGAAUUAAUAAAGGAAUUUUAAAUCACAGCAUAUCAAAAACAAUAGAGAUUCAGAGUACCUCCAUAGCGGGCUUAGAUCCCACAUAUAAAUGUUUUGUUAUAUGUUUAAACAUGGGGUAAGACAACCUCCUAUGGUUUAAAGAGUGUCCGUCUUGUAUCCUGUUUGUUAUCAAUCCUUGUUGUUCCUGCUACUAUCCACUUUGCAGAGAUCGUGACACAAACAGAAAUGUGCAAUAUUAGAGAUCUUUAGAAAAAUACGUUUAAUUGGCCCAUUUUACGUGAGAUUAUCCCGUUCAUUCAUGAAAUUAAAAAUAAAUUUAAAAUAAAAUCCAUUGCUUUUUAUGGGGAAAAAUUGCAUCCUCUGAAGUCAUUAUGUAUCUUCCAUGUCCCCAUAUAAAGACUAGAAGAGUGUUUUUAUCCAUCCACAUAUGAUAUUGCCAUCCAUGAAAGGGUUAAUAGUGAUCUUAAACUAAAACUUAAAACAGGAUAUAGCUCAAAUUAAAAUCCUGGUUUAACACCUGAUUUUUAGUAUGCAGGUGUUUUAAAUUCCAUAAUUUAUGGUUAAACCUACAGAAGGUGAUACUUGUCACCUGUGCACACAUCACAGGUUAAACACAGGUCAUAGUUUCCUGCACAGCUUACAGUAGCUAAUUUCAGCUCAUUCAGCCUAGUCAAGGUACACCCAACACAUUUGCAUAAUGAGCCCUUUGGCUAAAGUAACAACAGAGCCUUUCAACUCCCCUCACACAUUUACAGCCACAGACUGCAGUUGCUAUAAGUUUGAUAUCUUGCAGGAACCAUUUUAACAGAUACCGAUCUCAGUGGGUUCUUUCCUGGCAAAGUAAUACAAAACAUUAUUUACUGUAGACACACCUUAGUGUUCAAUUGAAUACAAACUUUGACAUCUCCUUAAUUUAAUUAUGUACUGAGAAGUAUAUAAGCAGCUAUGGUAGAUUUUCCUACAAAUGAAACACUUUAAAUUUAUGGUAAAUCUAGAGAAUUCCUUGUCCAAUUGUGACCUCACUUGCUGAAGACCUUCUUUAGCUCUAGUUACUGAAAGCUGUUAUUCUGUCCAUCUGAAUGUAAUUUUAGAGUUUUGCAUAUAGAAGGACCUUCUUUAGCAUAAAUGUAUCCUAAUCUGUGGGCUGUCUUUAUAUCACAGUUAUAUAUAUAUAUAUAUAUAUAUAUAUAUAUAUAUAUCAAAGUUUUUACAUACAGUAGUGUGCAUAUAUAUUAUAACAUCUCAAGAUGUAUCAUUUAUAUCCUUUAUAUAGGUACCUGCAUAAAAACCUCUGGGUGUGAGAAUUAAAAUGUCCUUUCCGUAAUCGGUGAUGUAGAAACAGUAGGCACUUGUGUGAAAAUGUUAGACCACUAUGUGCUUUAAUUAGGCAUCUUAAACAAGUAAAACAUCUCAUGCAUUUUACCAUUUGUGGCUAUGUGUUUAUUUUAUCUUACUAUUUUAAAUUAAUUGCAUGUGUGGCCUAUUAAAGUCAUCAAAUAAAUUAGACAAUCACUAAUUUGCCUAUUUUGACAAUUUUCCAAGUGGUUGGAUUUUUUAUCAAAAUCAACUUUAUAAUCAACUAGGAUGAAACUUGGCCUUGGCUACCAUUAGCAGAAGCUAUAUGAAGGCAUUUGUCCAUCUUUCUAUAUGUAAAACUUACUGUGGAUCUAGGUCAUGGUGUUCUAUGUUUUCAUCUCACUGAUAGCUCUAAUUUUUGGCCCUACGUGGCUUGUACAUUGACGAAGCAUCUGUACACACAAAUAUCAUUCAUGUUGCACAGCAAGUGCAACACUCUGGCUAGUGAAGAUGAAAUGAUUUAUAAUUAAAAUGUGAAUGAGCCCCUGCUCUGUUUUAUACACAGUGUUUAUAGUCAAACACUUGCAUUAAUAAACUGUGUUUUAAAGCAGUUGUACUAGAGUUGUCCUCCUGCUAAGCUCCUUGGUGAAAAGUAGCAGAGGACUUCAAACAAUUCAUAGUGUGCUCUUCACUUGCAGAACAUGUUUCACAG